GGCAAGUAACUCCAAAUAUAACUUGGAGCGCCUGGGAUGCGUACCUGACACAGUGCAAUUAUGGCCGAAGAUAUAACCGAAAAUCUUGUUACUUCUGUUGACUGUAAACAAGGCGCAGUGAGAGCAGUUCGUUUUAACGCUGAUGGCAAUUACUGUCUAACAUGUGGCAGCAACAAAACAGUGAAGUUGUGGAACCCUCACAGAGGCAGUGUACUGAAAACCUACAUCGGACAUGGAUAUGAGGUGUUGGAUGCUCAAAGUUCAUCCGACAACAGUCAAAUCUGCUCUGGUGGAAUGGACAAGACUGUGGUGGUGUUUGAUGUUUCAACUGGUCAUGCAGUGAGGAAGUACAGGGGUCAUGCAGGAACUGUCAACUGUGUGAAAUUCAAUGAAGAAUCAACUGUUGUGUUGUCUGGAUCUUUAGACAGCACUGUUCAAGCCUGGGACUGUCGUUCAAGGAAAACCACUCCCAUUCAGGUGAUGGAUGAGGCAAAGGACAGUGUGACGUCCAUCCAGGUCUCUGACCAUGAGAUACUCACAGGGUCAGCAGAUGGACGUGUCAGACGAUAUGAUCUCAGGAACGGAAAACUCUUCUCUGAUUACAUUGGGACUUCAGUUACGAGUGUGACGUUCACCAGAGAUGGCCAGUGCACACUGGCCAGCACACUGGACAACAAGCUCCGCCUACUGGACAAGGAUUCAGGGGAGCUCCUCAAUGAAUACGAAGGCCACAAGAACAAGGAGUAUAAGAUCGACAGCUGUCUCAACUGGAAGGACACCCACAUCGUCAGUGGCUCUGAGGACGGCUUCGUUUACAUAUGGGAUCUCAUCGAUGCCAAGUUAUUGCAAAAGCUGGACCACAGCACAACUCGUGCGGUCCAUUCCCUCUCCUUCCAUCCCUCAGAGGCUUGCCUCCUCACAGCAUCUGCUGAUAAACUAUAUGUAUGGAAGGACAGAUAUGCUGCCUCUCUAAGCUGAUGACUUUUCUGGAAUACCAGUUGUGCAAGAAAUCGUGACUUUCAAGGGAUGGCAUAUGUGGAAAGCCUGUAAUGUAUUCUCACAAUUACUGCAUGCUGUUCCACAAGUGAUAGCUUGUGUGGAAGACCGCUUAUGCAAGAAAACAUGACUGUCAAGAUGACUGAUAAACUGUUUGUAUGAAAGAUCAAACAUCCACCUUCCAAGGGCUGUUCAGAGGGACUGUUAAUACACUGUAGAAAUGGAAGAUCAAACAUGUACCCUCCUAGGAUUGUUCACAGAUAAACCAUGGAAGGUAAACAUGGAUCUUUCAGGGGCUGUUUACAGACUGAUAAACUGUAUGUAUGAAGACCAAACAUGUCCAUUCCUAGGAUUGCUCACAGAAACUGAUGAACUGUUUGUAUGGAAGAUAAACAUGGAUCUUUCAGGGGCUGUUUACAGACUGAUAAACUGUAUGUAUGGAAGACCAAACAUGUCCAUUCCUAGGAUUGUUCACAGAGACUGAUCAACUGUUUGUAUGGAAGAUAAACAUGGAUCUUUCAGGGGCUGUUUACAGACUGAUAAACUGUAUGUAUGAAGACCAAACAUGUCCAUUCCUAGGAUUGUUCACAGAGACUGAUCAACUGUUUGUAUGGAAGAUAAACAUGGAUCUUCCAGGGGCGGUUUACAGACUAAUAAACUGUAUGUAUGGAAGACCAAACAUGUCCAUUCCUAGGAUUGUUCACA